GCGGCGUCAGCACAGCUGCGAGCUGGGAAAGAAUUCACCCCACAAACCAUCGCCAGCGGUUAGCGUCAAAAGAUAAAAAAAAGACGGCUCGCUGCUGACACUUCUCUCUUAAGUAAAUGAUCGAGAAGUGGCCCAGAAAUCAGCGUGGAUGCUUACACAACAACAGAAAGAGUUUUUUUUAUACACAUCCCAACUGCCACCUACCUCCCCCACGCCUUUUGCAACCCCCCGCUCCCAAACCCCUUUCCUCUUCGCCUGCCUUCCUGACGACUCCCGUGGCAGCGGUGCAGGUUGUGUGGCUGGCUUAACCCGGCGAUGGUGAGCAGGAGCCGCUGCGCGCCGUAAGCGCCGCGGACGGCGGGCGCUGCCCAGCCCGGCGCUCGCUCGCUCGCUCACUCACUCAGUCGGCGCGCACACAGCCGCCAGGUGUUGCGGAGCCCGACAAUCGGAGCGGCGGGGAAGGCGCAGAGGGAGAGACCGAGGCACCGGCACAGCGCGAGGGAACGGGUGCUCCGGACCCUCCCUUCUCCAACCAUGGGCUGCUGCAGCGGCAGGUGCACUCUCAUAGUCAUCUCCAGCCUACAACUAGUGUUUGUGUUGGAGAGACAGAUCUUUGAUUUCCUGGGCUAUCAAUGGGCACCUAUCCUGGCAAACUUUUUGCACAUUAUCACUAUCAUUUUUGGCCUAUUUGGGACUAUCCAGUUCAGACAGCAAUAUGUUAUCAGGUAUGCCAUCUGGAUGGUCCUCUGGAUCACAUGGAACGUGUUCGUUAUCUGCUUCUACUUGGAAGUUGGUGGCCUCGCAAAGGAUACCAACCUGAUUAUGACCUUUAACAUAUCCAAGCAUCGUUCCUGGUGGAUGGAGAAUGGACCAGGAUGUGUGGUGGUGACAAUAACAGAUACCCCAGAAUGGGUGCCAGAGGAUCAUCGUUACAUUUAUGUCAGAGGCUGCCUGCUGGGAUACCAGUAUAUAGAAGUGGCACACAGUUCACUACAGGUUAUCCUUGCACUACUUGGGUUUAUCUAUGCCUGUUACGUGAUCAAAAUUGUUGCUGAGGAGGAAGACAGCUUCGAUUUCAUCGGAGGAUUUGACUCGUAUGGCUACCAGGGCCCACAGAAAACAUCUCAUUUACAACUGCAGCCCAUGUAUAUGUCAAAAUAAGCAGGAAGCUGGAUGCCUUAAAAUUCUCCUGACUUCAAACUUUUCAUACCUUAAUUUCAAAGAAUCUGGUGGUGGUGGCUUUUGUAUUGAUCAGUGUGGAACACUGAUCAUGUUUGAAGUGAUGUCCUAACUCAGAGAUUUGGAAUAACAGAAGACCCAACUAAAAUGCAGACAAUAUGAAAGACUUCGAAGUUUUAAAACUGCACACAGUUACCAGCAAAAGUUCUGCUCUGUGUUUCAACUGUAAGUGGAAGUUUGGUGCCUAAAAGGUUGAACUAGAGUUCUGGCGCCCUCUGCAGGGUAAAGUGGAAAAGUGACUGCACAGUUUUCCUGUCAGAUUGCCAACUAUAAUAACUGUAACUGUUCAUCAACAAAUUAGAUUAACAGUUUAUAUUUAGAGGUCAUUAUUAAAUAAGAAUUUCUGCUGGAUAAGAUGCAAAUGGUGAAUUGAACCAGUGCCAUGAUUUUACUAGAGAUUGGGUGAUGCUACCAAAUGUGAGCUAAUUCUUGUACUAGCUCCACAUUUGCCUUAAUAUAUUCAGGACUAAGCAUCUCUAAGUAAAUUAAAAAUGGGGUUAUGGAGGAUGGAUGUAAUAAUGUUGAAACUUUUUCCCUGUCUGACUGCUGAUGGAGUCUAUCUUAGUCAUGUUGCUACCAUAGCCUCCGCAGGAGGUGCUUCAAAUUCCCCUGGCUCUUCGGUAAAUAAUCCUCUUCAUCUUUUACUGUCCCUACACAAAAAAAAAUGAAGCUGUGGAAGAAAUAGGCUGUAGUAGUGUAUAUGAAUAGUUGAAAGCCUUUGUAGGUCACAUGAAAAAUAGAUGAAAGGCAAGAACCAAGCAAACAUUGGUAAUAGAGUGUAGUCAAGAGACUUUUGUUUCUAUGUUCCACUGCUUCCGCUGUAACCCACUAAAGCUGUCUACAUUUUAAUAUCUGAAUGUAUACAGCAGCUGUUAUGUUUUAACACAGGGAUACAUGUACAUUAUGUUCAUUAAUGCAAACUAAAGGCUAGAAAUUGUAUUUACUGUUAUUUUUUAAUGCACUGGUCUAUUGAUGUACUUUGUGAUAACCAUCUUUGUUACUAUCUGUAUAAAAGGAACACGAUUUUAUUAUCUGUAUUAACACUCUGUUGGUCCCAUGGUGUUUUUGGAAUCCAAAUCUGCUAUAGACUAUGUCUUAAACAUUAUAUCUUAGCUAUAAUUGUGGCUCAUGUUUGUGCUUUCUUUGGUAGCUUGGGGGAUGUUAUUAAGAACUAAAUUAUAGUAAAUUGUGCAUAUAUUAACAUUCUAUACUUGCCUGAUCAAACGCCUGUUCUUGCCGAGUGCUUGCAUUUGAUGCCAAAUGUCACAGCCUGGAGUUACAUUUCAGUUUAUUUAUCUGUGCUUGUAAUACUAUAGGGCACAGUGAUUGUUUCAUUAUUUUUACAUGUCACCAGAGCACUUCAACUAUAUCAUUUUUCUUUGAGAUGGAGGUUGGAUGAAAUGGUGAGUAAAAACAUGUUUUUAAUUUUUUUUGUUGAUUACGUUGGGAACGGGUCCAAAUACUGGGGAAAAUGUUGCCUGGCAGGGAAUCUACCAUCUGUGCAAUUAUGAUGUGAUUCCCCCAAGGCCGGAUAAUGUCCAGAUUGAGAUCUUUAUUAAUACAAAUAAAAUUAAUAGUUUAUUAGGUUCUGAAAAAGCUGCAUUCAAUCUCAGAUUUUGUUGAUAACAUUUGUAAAAUGAAAGCCUGAACUUAUUAUUGGCCCCGAGAUUGACUGGGCCGGCCGGUGGCAAAAUGGCAUUCACACCGCGCUUCGAGGCGUGUGAUCCCGGUUCAAAUCCGGCUGGCUCCUGCAUGUUUUCCAUCCGUGCUGGGUUGAGCGUCGAGCUAGCAACUCGGCCUCAUUUAAAAAAAACUGAAAAAUCAAAAGAAAUGGCAAGAUUGCCACCCAAUGUGCCACAAGGCGCAGAGAGGAACAACCUGAGAUAGACUGGAGAUCAAAGGAUAAAAAUUCAUCAUGGGUCGAUGCAUAAAACAUCCACGUCCACAAACACAACCCAACUUGGAAGUGCUUCAUUUACUGGAAAGUUGAAUCAGCACAUUGCACUCUGGAAUGAAUUUUAAACUGUGUGCAAUGCAGUGACCAUUUAGAGUUACCAAUUGUUUUUCAAUCUCUGAACAAUAGUAACUGUGUGGCCUCUCAUGGUAUGCUCGGCUUGGUCUAUUCAUUGAGUUCAGUGGAGUAAAAUAUGAUGACUCACACUCAAGGUGAAUUUCUACUUCAAAGGAUGUAUCACAAUUAUCAAAGUUACAGGGACCAUAUUAAGAAUGAUUUAUUUUCAUUUCAUAAUUUGUAAGGAUUAUAAGAAUCAUUAGUAAGAAAUAUAUCACUAAACAAUGACUUUGCCCUACAUUAUUAAGCCAAUUGUUUUGAUUGUCAAUAUAUACCACAGGCAGGUUGCCAGAAGGAACAGUUGGAAAAUAGAUUUUCACCUUCACUACCAGCUGAAAACAAUGGCAAGAAAACCUGGCAGCUCUUUAAAGGCUAGAUCAUCAUUUUCACCAGAUUAGUGGCCAGGUGGUGGAAAUAGAACACUAUUCUUUCUUUUUGUUACAUAUUUUAAUGAAAUAUUUAUUUUUAUAAUUGUAGAUAAUGUUACGGAAAUUUUAUUUCAUGUUCAAUUAUAAAAGUAAAUUUGAAGACUGAUGGAUUUACAUCGAUGAAGAAAAUCGAUGACUGGAAUCAAAUUUAGUGCUAUUAUUUGCCUCUUAAUGUCUGACUUUUAUUGUCUAAUCUCUUCUUUGAAGGGGAGCAUAAUCCCUGUUUACUUGAACGCCCUUGUGCUGUCGGCACUUUUGAA